CUAACAAAUCAAUUGGUUGGUCAGCAAGUUGAAGACGGUUCUGUCGUCGUUGUCGUUAACGUUAUCGUUGUCACCACUACCGCGGUCGUGGUCUUCUCACCGCCACCGGGGAUAAUGAUGAUCGCCGAAAAAAUACAAAAUAACUUGUUUCCAUAAAUUUUAAUAUUUUUAAGAAUAUUGUUUUAUUAAAAACUGAGAGUUCUAACAAAAAUCACGAUUAGACGAUAUCUUAACGUUAAACUAAUCGGAUUGAUUUCUUUUCUUUAAAAAAAUUUGAUAAGUGUUUUGUUCUUUCGACAAUAUGAAGUCUCCUUCCGUUGUUGGAUCUAUAAGUUUUUUCAUCCUGAUAAUUGGAUAUUUUUCAAAUGGUGACGCACAAUUUUUGGGACGAAUUCUAGGAUUUCCUUCAGGACGAAAUCAACAAGGAUUCGCACCGCAAUAUCAACAGCAAUAUCAGCCACAAUAUCAACAACAAUAUUACCAACCUCAAGCACAGCAACAACCCCAGGGCGGUUCUGUUACAACAGCAGACAGCGAAGCUUACAAUCAAGACCUGAAGUAUGGAAACUUAGGUCUGAAUGGAGGAAUAAGUCAAUCACAGUCAGAAACUCUUGGAGAUAAUGGUUCCUUGAACGCAGAAAGGAGCACAUCUGCCAAAAAUGGCUUCCAAUUAGGUGAUCUUGGCAUAUCCAAUACCAUUACCGGAUCACAGGCGAUAAAUAAUGGCCAAGUAUCGAGAGGUGUUGCGAAUAACUUCCAAGUUGGUCAACUAGGUGUAGACUCGAGCCUGUCCAGGGAGAACCUCAGGAAUGGUUUAGGUGUUCAUCAAUCAAAGAACGGAGGGCUUGAGUUAGGUCUGGGAUUAUUGAAUAUUGACCUUUCUAGGAAGAACCAACAACCCAAUCAAGGGAAUACUGGUACCAGUGCUAAUGUCCAGGCCGAGGGUGAUGGAGCCAAUGCUAUUUCCAAUAGCAACACAAACAGUCAAACAGAGCAAUUUGGAGGACUUUCCAGUACUGCAACACACUCCAAGUCAAAUGCCAAAGGUUCCGUUCUGAAUGGAGUGACUAGUGGACAAGCUAAUGGAUUUCUUUCUGGAAGCCCCAACUAUGCCCAAUCAGGUGGUUUGUUUUCUGGCAGAAGGUUCAUCAGGCAAGCAGGUUUCUUCUUCCCCAAUGAUGGCGGCAAUGGCGGAUACAAUCGCGGUUUCAAUGACCGACAAAGGAAUAGACAUCAAGGCGGAAGACGUCGUGGUCAAGAGCAACAGUUCAAUACUGGUGCCAAUGCGCAAGGAAUCGGUCAGCAACAGCAAUUUAAUAACAAUGCUCAAGGCUUUGCCAACGGCAACGACCCAGCAUUCAUGCAACAAGCUGCCGCCAAUACAAAUUCUCAGAGCACAAUGGACGAAAACGGUCAGACCCAAGAUAAUAGUGCCUCGAGUAUAACAUCGAAUCUUGCCAAUGAUGGUUCCUCGGGUCAAGUCAGUUCAGCCAACACUGCUCAACAAAGCUACGAAAAUGCUGACGGUUAUGGAGAUAAAAACGCAGCCCAGAGUCAAUCGCUUAACUUUGAAAUGGGCCUCACUCAAGCUACAUCUUCGAAUGCCGAUACUAGCGUCGUUCAGGAUGGUGAUUCGCAGAGGAUGAAUGCUAACAGCGGAGCAUCAGCCAACGAACAGGGACAAUUCGGUUCGUCAGCAAAUACCGCUCAGACUAACACCGCAACUUUCGACGAGGCUGGUGGUCGCCAGGGUUCCGAGACUAACUCCAACAGUCAGUCAUCUUUGACUGGACCUAAUGGUGAACUGAAUACUGCCAAUACUGGAACCAAGACUUCAAGCAUAAUGAACGCCGAUGGAUCCAUAAACAACUCAGCCGACAGUCAGGCAGCAGGUUUUUCAAAUAAUGGAGGACCUGUCUCGGUUUCUGCUUCUUCCUCAACCGGAAUAGGACCAAAUGGAGCUUUCACUAAUGCCGAAGGUUUGUCCAAUACCAAUGGGGCCAAUAGCAAUGCCCUGUCCCAAAACGGCUUCCAAAGAUUCCCUGGUUUCCAGCAGGGAUUCCAGGGAGGUCAACGAGGUCAGUUUUCACCAUUCGGUAGAGGUCAGGCCAAUGCUUUUGGUUAAAAUGUAUUUCUUUUUGUUUUUGAAGCACAAGAAUAAAAACUGUGUUCUGCACUUUUUA